AUGCCUCAGUCUGCCAUCCUCUACUAUAACCCAGAGGAAACCGUUUUCUUGAUAGACAUUCCCACAUCCAUUGCGCUGGCUCAGGAACUAUCCCUGAACCAACGCAGUGCGUCGCCAGGUAGCCAACAAUGCGCUGAACCACGACGGAAACAGAUUUUUUCGUCGAUACCCCGGGCAGAACCGUUUUCACCAUCCACGGAGCCUAAGACUGAUGCCGCACGAGCAAAGGUUCUGGAAAGGAUCCCGCGUUCGGAGCGGGUCUUCCACGCAGAGAUCAUCGAGCCUUUGGUGCGCGAUGGGCUGGAGUCGAUCAAACAGGGGGUCCUCGAACGUCGGAUUCACUGGUGUCAUGCACGGAAGGUUCUUGAUGAGGCGCUCUCGAGCGAGACGCGUCUUGGGAAAAGGAGGCGUGCAAGCAGCAAUGGCGCUGCAACAUCAGCCUCAAUCGACGACUGUUCUGAUGCCGGAACCCAGGAGCUCGAUGGCGACUCUCAGCCCCCUUUGAUUCUAUCGUCCUCUGGAACGAAUGCAUUUGCGUCUGAGUCUGAACUUCGUGGCAUCGCGGUCAAGAAUACCUCGUCUGGCGCAGCUGAUCUGAGCGUUCGGCGCUUGGGGGGAGAAGAGAAGGAUAUAAUAUCCCACACAGCCGAGAACGAUCCCCAACGUCAGAAUCAGUAUCAUGAAUUCACGGUACCUCCGCUCUCUGGGUUCGUGCUCUGCAGAUUACCAAUCGCACAGUACUUGCACCAGCUUCCAACUGCACCGGUCCCCAGCAUCCCUCGAGACCGGAAAUUCAACCUAAUCCUUCUCGACCCGCCAUGGACCAACCGGUCUGUCCGGAGGGGAGGACACUACCACACGCAACAUUACACCGAAGGGGGCGAACUCACGCAGUACAUCCGGUCUGUCCUGCAAGCGCACUUAUACGAUCCCUCGGCUGGGAAUAAUAAAACAAAGAACCCCCGAUUCUCGACUCGCUCCGUGGCAGCAAUCUGGAUCACCAAUUCAUCUAAAGCACGGCGAACCGCUUACGGGGCGCUCCGGGGCGCAGGCCUCUCCGUCUGCGAAGAAUGGGUGUGGAUCAAGGUUACCACCUCGGGGGAGCCUGUUACGCCGGUCGACGGUGUCUGGCGGAAACCGUAUGAGAUUCUGAUCAUUGGAGAGAACAUGGGCGAGAAUCAACGCCGCGAUCCGGUCAGAAGGGUUAUUGCUGCGGUGCCGGAUGUCCAUUCCCGGAAACCGAACUUGAAGGAGAUCUUUGAGCGGUUGUUUUUCAGCUGCCCGGGGCAUACAUAUGCUGCGCUGGAGGUAUUUGCACGCAACCUGACGGCCGGAUGGUGGGUGUGUGGGGAUGAAGUUUUGAAAUUCAAUGCGCAGGAAUGGUGGACGGAACAGUCUACAUCCUGA